CCCAGCCUUCACACAAAUCAAUUCCAAUUGCAGAAGCUGAAGCCAUGGCGAUCAUCUCCGACAUCGAAGAAACUACGAAUUCUACUCCUCCAAGUGAGCAGGAGAAGAAGGGGAACUCCACUAUGCUUCCAAACUCUGCCAAUGGGCUCGACAUGGACAAGUACUCCUGGGGGCAGAGCCUCCAGGAAGUAAGUAUCACCGCUCCGGUCCCCACCGGAACCAAAUCGAGGCAGAUCACGUGCGAGAUCAAGAAGAAGUCUCUGAAGCUCGGGCUCAAGGGUGAGCCAGCUAUGAUCAUCAUCGAAGGAGAGCUGUUCGGUCCGGUGAAAGUUGACGAAUCAUUCUGGCAUUUGGAGGAUCAGAAGACGGUGUCCGUUCUGCUGACGAAAUCCGACGAGAGGAACUGGUGGAAGUCGCUGGUGAAGGGAGGGCCGGAGAUUGAUACCCAGAAGGUGGAGCCAGAGCCCAGCAGGCUGGGUGAUUUGGAUCCGGAGUUGAGGUCGACGGUGGAGAAGAUGAUGUUCGACCAGCGACAGAAGGAGAUGGGCCGCCCUACGAGCGACGAGAUUCAGCAGCAGGAGCUGCUGAAGAAGUUUGAUUUCUCCAAGAUGAAGAGGGUCGACAAGUUCAGCAAUAUGGCUUAAGAGCAGUUACUUACUGUGUUUUCUUGUGUUCUUCAUUCUCCUUUUGAUGUUUGUUUUCAACUGUUGUUGUGUUUUGCUCUUAUCCUUCAAUGAAGAAUACAUGCAUCCAUCAGAUGACAUUAAGAUCGAUGAAUUAUAAAAGAAGAGUAAUGCAGUUGUUUCCAUGGCCACAUUUACAAGAUUUGUAAGGGAGAAAGAGAAGUUCUUGGUGGGAGUAGAUUACCAAGUACCAAACACAACGACGUGAAUAUCAACUAGCAAGAUCAAACAUUACAGAAACAAUAUUAAAGUGGGAAAAGGCUUGUUGCUUGCUAAGCCCUUUCCUUUUUCUCAAUAGCUCUCUUUUUUACCUCUCAACUGUUUCUUAUCAGAAACUAUUUACACAAGUCUACUAGAGAAAUGGGGACUGUUUAAGGGGGGAAAUACAUGUACAAUUCUGAAGCAUCUCUAAACUUGAGCAGUUUUGUUUGUUCUUCAUUCAGUCAUACAAACCUUCUUGCUCCCAUACAUCGACUAGAAAAUCUACCAUUUCCUGAAACAGAAAAACAGAAGCGGAAAAUGAUUCUCGUUACAAGGAGAGAUGCAGAAAAAAACUACUCAGGAGGUCAAGGACUUACAGAGAGCGGGACAGGCCGGGGGAAAGGGUUCCUGCUUCCAAGCAAGCUUUCAUAAGUUGCAUUCCAACUGGAUAUUAAAUCAAGUAUUAAGAACAGACAAUGGAACGUGAAUUUGAGAAGGUGGGGGUGGAUUUCUUUGAUUUGCUGUGAAUACAAAAAGGGUAAUUGCUAGCUACAAAUGGAAGGAAACACAUCAUCUGUUGUAACACAGUCAAUCCGAAAGCAUCAAAUCGUUCGGUACAAUGAUUUGAACAAUGAUGUUAGAAGACGGUUGGAUGUGCAGGAAAAAUAAUGCAUCAGCUUCUUCAUAAAAAAAAAAUAAAAUAAUAAUAAUAAUAAUAAUGCAUCAGCUUGGCCCUAUUUUGCAGAAGCAUCUAAAUGAUGUAGAGUACAAUGAUCACACAGCACAUCACAGAGAUGAAGACAUUUGACGAAUGAUUCCAACGAAAGAUGAACAACCACCGGUCCACCAGUACCAACACGAGAAUGGCAGCAAUCAAUAAAGCUUUAAUAGAGUAGAAAUAAGCAACUGUUUACAAAGUGGCAUCUCAUUCAACAUAAAGUUUCAGCUCCUAACAUUUCCAAAAAAGCACAGACAAACUCUGAUCAGCAACAAGGGAAAGGUUACCUCAACUGUGGUCCACUUGUUUGACGAGUUUGAUUGCUGGUAGACUCACCACUCCCAGUCCAUUGAAGCCUGCCCUGCUGCCACAGAAGCAGACCUGCACGCACGCAUUCAAUGAGCCGUAGUUAAGAGGUCUAGGAUUCAGAAUUUUGACCAACACAGAAGAGUAAUGGAAGUAAACUUGGAAGAGUGAAGUAAAACAGAUUUGUAGUUAGUUACCAUGAUUCACAAAGUCUGUUGUACUGCCACUCAUGGUGCCACCACUGCUAGUGUUGGGGUUUGAAGCACUAAUUGAAGAUACACUUUUUUGAGAUUGCAUAGCACUAUUAUCGAGCUCACAGGUGCUGCUGCUCCAGAAAUCCUCAGAUAUACUAGGCUUCUUCACUGCCCGGCCUUGUAUCCUCAAUCCUUUGGCUGGCUCGUCCACAGCGAUUAUCGGUGUGGGCUUCCCGCAGCAUCCAAAACAACCACUGUUCUGUUCCAAACCAGGUUAGAAACCGAAACCAGUAACGGAAACCGUGUGGGAAGCAACUAGACCACUUGUAGAGGAUUGAAAUGUAUAGAAGACAGAAAAUUUCACAUUCAUUGAACUGGCUUCCUUUUGUUCCCAAACAAGCUUGGUGGAGUGGCAAAUAGUCAAAUACCAUAUAAUUAGAAGAUAAGAAAAGGAAAUGGACAGAUUGGUGUUUGUUCAACUUCCAUGUCAUAGACAAAAAGAAAAACAGAUUUAAGGA